AUGCUUCCGUUGGUUCGCGAGCUCGUUUGCGGGAGUGAAUCCGAGCUUCUCGAGCCGGGUUGGAAAAAUCGGAGUCACCUUCCACAUAUCACUAGCUGCGGCCAGCAUACCGAUUUUUCAACUAUACCCACUUUCUUUCUUUGCAUAUUCUCUCCAGUUUUGAUCUACGCAUUGCGUCACACGCAUAAUGCUAAACUCCAAUCAUUCUCGCCGGUCUCAUUUCGAAUUUUGCUUGGUGGUCUUCUUGUACUUGAUCUCAUUGCUACGAUUAUCUACAGUUUAUAUCUCUACCUAAACAAACCAUCUGUGUUCGAUGUUGUUCAUCUAUAUGGCGAUCUUGUGCAGUUUGGAGGCUUUUGUCUUGCACUUCUACUUACUGUAGCAUGUAAAAAUCGAGGAUUGAUAACAUCAGGAGUUAUAACUUUGUAUUGGUUAAUUGUGAUUAUUUGUGGUGCACCAGAGCUCCGGUAUUAUCUGAGUGGUUUCGUAUAUCAUGAAUAUCCAGUUGACUUGUGCAAAGCUACGUUGUACAUUAUCUCUUAUGGAAUAUCUUUUCUCGAAUUGUUCCUCUGCUGUUUUGCUGAUCGACCGACAAAUCUGUACAAAAAGGAGAACUCUUGCCCGGAAUAUACCGCUUCGUUCAUAAACCAACUCACAUUCCAAUGGUUCACAGAACUAGCUGUACUUGGCAAUAAAAAAUCACUGGAAAAAGAAGAUCUGUGGGAUUUGAAUGAACGAGACAAAGCUGAAAAUCUUAUCCCAUCUUUCCUAGGCAACCUCACACCUGGAAUUGAGAAUUAUCGUCUGAGAAUUAAAAUGCACCCUGAAGAAGCAAUACCAAAAAAUCAUCCAUCAAUUUUUGGGCCUCUUUUCAAAACCUACAAGUUCAGUUUGAUUGCCGGAGCUACCUUCAAACUCAUGUUCGACAUGAUUCAGUUUUUUGCACCACAUCUUUUGAAACAAUUGAUCAAGUUUAUUGAAGACAAAACGCAACCUCUAUGGAUCGGCGUAUCAAUUGUAUGCAUUAUGUUCCUUUCAUCGUUACUACAGUCAAUGGUUGUUCAUCAAUACUAUCAUACUAUGUUCCGACUGGGUAUGCAUGUGCGAUCGGUACUGACCAGUGCAGUUUAUGCAAAAGCUCUCAACCUGUCCAAUGAAGCAAGAAAGGGCAAAUCAACAGGAGAAAUUGUAAAUCUGAUGUCGGUUGAUAUCCAAAAAAUUCAAGAUAUGGCGCCGACAAUGAUGCUUUUUUGGUCUGCACCACUGCAAAUUAUUUUAGCCAUUUUCUUCCUCUGGAGACUGCUUGGAGUAGCAGUUUUGGCUGGAUUCUUUGGUUUGCUAGCGGUACUUCCACUAAAUGGAUUAAUUGUCAGCCAAAUGCGAAAAGGUCAUGCAGAGCAAAUGAAGUAUAAAGAUGAAAGAAUAAAAAUGAUGUCAGAAAUUCUGAACGGAAUGAAAGUUUUGAAGCUUUACGCAUGGGAGAAGAGUAUGGAAAAAAUGGUUUUGGAAAUCCGAGAGAAAGAGUUGCGUGUAUUACGAAAACUGUCCUAUCUCAAUGCUGGAAUCAUAUUUUCCUUUGUGUGUGCCCCAUUUUUGGUCUCCAUUGUUUCCUUUGUUGUCUACGUGCUGAUAGAUCCGGAAAACAACGUGCUAACACCAGAGAUUUGUUUCGUUGCGCUUUCAUUAUUCGAUAUCUUAAAAAUGCCAUUAGCUUUGGUUGCGAUGGUGUACGCAGAAGCCGUUCAGUGUGCAGUUGGUAAUACUCGCUUGAAGGAAUUUUUCGCAGCUGACGAAAUGGAUUCUCAAUCUAUCAGCUAUGAAAAAUCAGGUGAGUCUUGUCACUUAUCAAUUUCACGCAACAACCAGAUGGUUCGUUUAGAAUCGUCCAUUGAAAUAAAAAAUGGCUACUUUUCCUGGAGUUCUACUGAAGAUGCAACUCUUCAUGACAUCUCUUUAAAUGUGAAGCGAGGACAGCUCGUCGCAAUCGUUGGUCGGGUAGGCUCAGGAAAGUCUAGUUUGCUUCACGCGCUUCUGGGUGAAAUGAAUAAGAUAGCUGGCCAUGUCCAUGUGAAUGGAUCUGUUGCAUAUGUUCCACAACAAGCAUGGAUCCAAAACAUGAGCUUGCAAAAUAAUAUUCUCUUCAACAAACCAUAUAACUCAAAAGAUUAUGACAGAGUUGUAAAAAACUGUGAAUUGAAAGAAGACCUGGCAAAUUUGCCUGCAGGCGAUAGCACGGAAAUCGGAGAGAAGGGUAUUAAUUUAUCAGGAGGUCAAAAACAAAGAGUGUCUCUUGCAAGAGCAGUGUAUCAAAACUCGGAAAUUGUGUUGCUCGAUGAUCCACUAUCCGCUGUUGACUCACACGUCGGAAAACACAUUUUUGAGAAUGUCAUUUGUACGUUUUUGCAAAAAAUGUUUUUAAAUAUUAAUUUGGAUUUUUCAGCUUCUUCUACUGGAUGCCUUGCAACACAAACUCGUAUUUUUGUUACUCAUGGAUUAACUUAUCUGAAACAUUGCGACAAAGUGAUUGUGCUCAAAGAUGGUACUAUCAGUGAGAUGGGAACUUAUCAGCAACUGAUUAACAACAAUGGAGCAUUUUCGGAGUUCCUCGAGGAGUUUUUGAUCAAUGAAUCAAGGGCGCGUGGAAGGGCUGUUAGUAUCGGACAGGAGGAUGGUGAAGUUGAUGAAAUUUUGAGAGAUUUGGGACAAGUUAGUCCGGGAAUUCUUCAACGGUUGGAAAGUCAUUUGAGUCAAGAGUCCGAAUCGGAAAGAAAGUCAGAAAGAGAUUUUCGACUUGAGUUCUCCAGAGAGAACAGCAGAAAAUCCGUCCUUUUGCAUAGCCCCAGUAGCAAACACGAAGAAACAGAAGCACUUCUCGGAUCACUGGCCAAAGAAAAACCUACUAAGGAUGUUACCACACUAAUUGAGAAAGAAACUGUAGAGACAGGAAACGUGAAGUUUGGAAUAUACCUUGCAUAUUUCCGGGCUAUUGGAAUCCCUCUCACUCUCUUGUUUUUCUUUGCCUAUGUCGCUAGUAGCAUUUUGGGAAUUUUGAGUAACUUCUACUUGGCUAAGUUGUCAGACAAAGAGAAGGCUAACGCAGAGACUGGAAAUGGAACCAGGAAUGAUGUCAAAAUGCAGCUUGGGGUUUAUGCCGCUCUAGGAAUCGGGCAGUCAUCGGUUGUUUGUGUUUCUUCAAUCAUUCUCACUUUCGGAAUUGUCCGUGCCAGUAAACGCCUACACGCCGAACUGCUUGGGAACAUUAUGAAAUCACCAAUGGCAUUUUUCGAUGUUACUCCAAUUGGUAGAAUGCUGAAUCGACUGGGAAAAGAUAUCGAAGCGAUUGAUCGCACAUUACCUGACGUUCUCCGUCAUAUGGUUAUGACCGUCUUCAGCGUUAUCUCUACUCUCGUCGUCAUUAUGUGGACCACUCCAUGGGCUGGAUUAAUAUUUGCGUUCUUGGCAGUCGUAUACUACCUCAUCCUAAGGUUUUACAUCAGUACGUCGCGACAACUAAAACGUCUGGAAUCUGCAUCACGGUCACCGAUAUAUUCACAUUUCCAAGUAAUGAAAAAUAAUAUGAAAUACAAAAAAUUUAUUGAUUUCCAGGAAUCUAUACAAGGCGCAUCUUCAAUCCGCGCUUUUGGAGUUGUGGAUCAAUUCAUUGAGCAGUCACAACAAAGAGUUGAUGACUAUUUGGUGGCGUACUAUCCCAGUGUAGUGGCUAACAGGUGGCUUGCUGUCCGGCUCGAAAUGGUUGGAAAUUUGAUUGUUCUUUCUGCGGCUGGCGCGGCAGUCUACUUCCGUGACUCUCCAGGACUUUCUGCUGGACUUGUUGGUUUGUCGGUUUCCAUGGCUUUGAACAUUACUCAAACUCUCAACUGGGCUGUCCGAAUGACGAGCGAACUGGAAACCAACAUUGUUGCCGUAGAGAGAAUUAAAGAGUACACUAUUACUCCAACUGAGGGAAACAAUUCCAAAGCUCUUGGUUCUCCAAACUGGCCAGAAAGAGGAGAGAUUUCUAUCAAAAACUUCAGCAUCAGAUACCGUCCAGGUUUGGAAUUAGUGCUGCAUGGGGUGACUGCUCAUGUGGAACCAAGUGAGAAAAUUGGAAUCGUGGGUCGAACAGGAGCAGGAAAAAGUUCGCUAACAUUAGCGUUGUUUCGAAUUAUUGAAGCCGAUGGUGGAUGUAUUGAAAUUGAUGGAACAAAUAUCGCUAACUUACAAUUAGAGCAACUUCGGUCACGUUUAACAAUCGUGCCUCAAGACCCAGUUCUGUUUUCUGGUACCAUGCGCAUGAACUUGGAUCCGUUCUCGGCAUAUAGUGAUUCUCAAGUGUGGGAAGCACUACGAAAUGCGCACUUAGAGGAUUUUGUGUCAUCGUUAGACGACAAACUCCAACAUCACAUUUCUGAAGGAGGAGAAAAUCUGAGUGUUGGUCAACGACAACUUAUUUGUUUGGCUCGUGCUCUUUUGAGAAAAACAAAAGUUCUUGUUCUGGAUGAAGCCGCCGCUGCAGUCGACGUCGAGACUGAUAGUCUUAUCCAAAAAACGAUACGAGAGCAGUUCAAAGAAUGUACAGUGCUGACUAUUGCUCAUCGUUUGAAUACUGUUUUGGAUAGUGACCGUUUGCUUGUUCUGGACAAAGGACGCGUCGCAGAAUUCGACACUCCUAAAAACCUCCUCGCAAACCAGGAAGGAAUAUUCUACUCGAUGGCAAAGGAUGCAAAUGUUGUUUAA